CCUGUCGCUUUGUCGUGUGUGGUUGCAGUGCCUUUGCAAGAGGGCCUGGAGCGAAGAACAACUGAAUAGCCGGAAGAGUCAUUUGGAAGGAUUUUCGAGUUCAAAUCUGAGCCCUUUGUUCAUAAACGUUCACAGGAUUACGUACCACCUUUUUGUGUGUGUGUGUGUGACCCAUGUGUUGAAGCCCUCCUGGAAUCCCGUGGUGUGUCUUGCAUAUCAUCCUCUGAGUCUGCGCUGGAAUUCUGCAAUGUGCUAGUGAUUGUGUGUGUCACAGAGCUGGAGACCAACUCUGUCUACGUUAGCUCGGUCGCCACGGCCAGGAAGAGAUUGCGAUGGAGACAAAAGCUCGGAUUGAAAACGGCAUCGUCUAUUCGCCGUAUCCCAAUAUCUCGAUUCCGGAGACAUCUCUUGCUGCUUUCCUCAAGAGCUAUAUCCAAAAACAUGGCGACAAGGUAGCAAUGGUUGACGGAACCCAGCAAUGGACCUUCAGUGACGUGGAGAGAAGCAUCGAGCGUUAUGCCGCAGGGUUCCAGUCCAUCGGACUGCAGAAAGGAGACAAAGUGUGUGUUCAUUUUGGAAAUACCUCCGACAACUUGCUGGCCAUGCACGGCAUCAUCGCGGCAGGAGGAACCGUCGUCUGCUGCAAGCCAACUUUGACACCAAGGGAACUCUCAUACCAGUUAAGCGACAGCGAAUGCACGUACAUCCUAACGGACAGACAAAAUGCCGACAAAGUAGCUCAAGUGAAGGACAAGCAUCAACUAAAGGCUCUCCUCUCGAUGGAAGCUCUUCCCGGUUUCUUCUCCGUGCAACAAUUCACCGACACCCCAGGGCCCGGUUUUAAGCCUGUAGACGUAGAAAAGCCUAUGGAAGAUGUGGCGGCCCUCCUCUACACGUCCGGUACGACGGGACUUCCAAAAGGCGCUCAGCUGACUCAUUAUGGAUUGGUGGCCUGCAUUGCGCAAUCUCUACAUAGUUACCACAUCAACGAGGGAGACGUAAUUCUGAACAGAGCCCCAAUUACCCACACAUCCGGCUUCACGCUCUGUAUGAGUUACUUUGCCUAUGGAGCAACGAUCGUCAUGGGCCAACCGGCAAUGAGCGUUCCAGAGUUCGUGGAAACAGUUAACAAGUACAAGGUGUCGUCAGCCGUGUUAUUUCCAACGCAACUGAAAGUAUUUGUAGACUCUAUGGAAACACAAGGGCACAGGACGCCUUCCAUUCAAAAUAUAAUAAUCGGCGGAAGUUGCAUUUCUCCAAGCCUAGCAGAGAAGACUUUGAAGCUGUGCAACCUGACCACCCUGAAGAACGUUUAUGCCUUAACCGAAGCGUGUGGCAUUACCUGUGCGACGCCCUCAAGUGCCAUUGCGUACGAUACUAUCGGCGUACCUGGCGUCAUGGUACAGGCUAAAAUUCUUGACAUAGGGACCGGAAGGAUUCUUGGACCUGGCGAAAGCGGGGAACUGGUCGUCAAAUUGCCCAACGUCAUGAAGGGGUACUACAAAAGACCAGAGGCAACGGCGGAGGUUCUGACCGCUGAUGGGUGGUUACGGACGGGUGACUGCGCCUACUACGACGAAAACGGCUGGUUCUAUUUCGUGGAGCGACUGAAGGACAUGAUCAAAUGCAUGGACAACCAGUUAGCGCCGGCGGAAAUAGAAGAGGUCUUAUUGAGUCACGAAGCAGUUGCUGAAGCCACAGUCGUGGGAAUUCCGGAUUCACGGUACGGUGAGGCACCCACCGCAUUCGUCGUUCUCAAGGCCGCGUUUCAAGGGGACCCCGAGACGGUAAAGGCGCAACUCCACGAACUAGUGCAACUUGCAUGUGCUAAAUAUAAGCACCUAUAUGGAGGAAUCCAUUUCGUAGACCGCCUUCCCAAGACUGAAACUGGCAAAGUUCAACGAGCGGCAUUACGUCAGGCCCGCAUGGCCACCAAUGAAAAUAAUCAAUAAACAAUUUUCUUCUAAAGUAGAA